AUUGUGGUUGCCUAGCAAGUUUCAUAUUCACGGUGCAAAGUUUUCAGACGUGUUGCUGCUGUUUCCCCCCGUAAACUACAAACUCACUGCAGCUGUUUUAAACACGCACAUCUCCACGUCGACGUACAGGAGGCAACUUUGACGGGGCAAGAUGUCCGUCGCGGGGUUUAAGAAGCAGUUUUACAAAGCGAGCCAGUUGAUGAGUGAGAAAGUCGGCGGUGCAGAGGGAACCAAACUGGAUGAAGACUUCAGGGACCUCGAAAGGAAAGCUGAUAUCACCAGCAAAGCAAUGGUGGAAGUCAUGAAUAAAACAUCAGAGUACAUCCAGCCCAACCCUGCAAUGAGAGCUAAGCUUACCAUGCUCACUGGUAUGUCCAAAAUGCGUGGCCAGGAGAAUAAUCUGGGCUACCCCCAGCCCGAGGGCCUCCUUGGAGAUUGCAUGAUUAAAUAUGGACAGGAUUUGGGCGGUAACACCAAUUUUGGUGGUGCUCUAAUAGAGGUAGGAGAGGGCAUGAGGAGGAUGUGUGAGGUCAAAAACUCUCUGGAUAUUGACGUGAAGCAGAACUUUAUUGACCCACUGCAGUCUGUCGCUGAGAGGGACAUCAAAGACAUUCAGCAUCACCUGAAGAAGCUUGAGAGCCGCCGUCUGGACUAUGACUAUAAAAAGAAGCGUCAAGGUAAAAUCCCAGAUGAAGAGAUCCGACAGGCCCUGGAGAAAUUCCAUGAGUCUAAAGAAAUGGCUGAGAGCUCCAUGCAUAACCUGCUGGAAACAGAUGUGGAGCAGGUGAGUCAGCUGUCCUCCUUUGUGGAGUCUCUGCUGCAGUACCACAGAGAAGCUGUGCAGGUCCUGGAUGAUCUUUCUGAUGGACUGAAAAAAAGGGUGACUGAGGCUCAAAACUGUCCAAGACAAGAAUACACACCCAAACCUAGACCACAAUUUGACUUUGCGGAGUUGGACCAGUCCAAUGGAGGAUACUCACCUUCUGCAACCAGUCCUCCAGCUUAUUCACCCGCCCCUGCACAUUAUCAAGGUCCUUCUUUCCAAAGGAACUCCGUCAAGAGCAGGCCACCCGAGCCAUGCUGUAAAGCCCUUUAUGACUUUGAGCCGGAGAACGAGAGCGAACUGGGCUUCCGCGAGGGUGACAUCAUCACACUAAUCAGCAAAAUCGAUGAGAACUGGUUUGAGGGAACCAUUCGUGGAAAAUCAGGAUUCUUCCCCAACAACUAUGUGGAAGUAGUGGUGCCUCUACCCUACUGAAUGCAGCAAGGCAAGAGGGAGACAACCGGUCAUGGAAAGGGGGGAUUAUAGAUUGUUGACUUUAUUGAACCAAAAGACAUGUUUAUUGAAAUUUAAGGGCAAACAUCUCAAGACAGGGACCUAAUAUUUGUAUCCAGGUUAUUUGCCUUUUGUCCAUUCUCAUGAGUAAAAUGGAUUUGUAAGAAUGGAAGUAGGUUCAACAAGAAAAGUGAGAAGUGUCUAAUGUCAGAGUGCAUUUACCACAUCCUGAGACUUUAUAUCCAUUCUUUAUGCACCUGUGCACUUUUUGUACAUUACAAUCCCAUCACCAGGACUGAGGAUGAAAGAUUAUGAUAAAAUGACAUCUGCGAUAUCGUGUCCAUUAGUAUCCACAAACACUAAGAAGUGCAACUACUUUAUUGCGAUAUUCCUGUUUUAUUUUUACAGUGUGAUAUUUUUUUUUUCUAUGUAUUUCUCAUAUUGGUACUACACACAUGCAGGUAUAUGCAUGCCUUUUGUUUUUUUUACGCACUGUUGUCUACACUCCCAUUUGUCGCCUCAGUGCCUCAAGACUACAGUACUUUUGUUAUGGGCUCAACAUGGAGGACAGGCUGCUUUCUGAUGAUGUCUGAAACUAUCCUCCACUGCCAUCUGGUGGUCACUUUGAUUGGGAGGUCUGUGAGCAUCUUAACUCAAAAAGUAAAGUAUAGAUUUUGAUGACAUCUGUGGAAAUGAAAGUGAUGGCCAAAUGAAGUAAUGAUUUGUUUUUGGUGAUUAAAUGGGCACUGAUGGGGGAAACUGAGUGUCCAUUAUAUGAAGGGAAAGAAAAAGCAUGUCUAGAUGAAACUGAUAGACUCCUGUCACACAGUGGUUUUGAGUAGAUUUUGCUUCUAAAGGACUGAAGGGGGCCCGUAAAUACACACAUUUUUUUGGUACAUUCUAAUUAUUGCUGACUUAGUGAGUCAAUGUGCCUCAGGUCUUUUUCAGUUAACACCACCUUCUUUUCUCCGCAAACCAAAGAGAAGUUGCAGACAGUUUGCAGCUAUUUUUUGACGGCAAAAGUACACGUUUAUACACAAUUAAUGGUUCAGUGCAUUAUCUUCCCGUUUUAUCUAAUAAGCAGAAGCAGACAUUUGUUUUCAUCACAGGGGCAGCUUAGUAAUGCUAUGUGAUUUUCUUCCCCCCCACACCCUAAGUGAUUUACAUUACGCUGAAACCAUUGUCGUACAUUCCUUAAGUCCCUCUGUUUUCUCAGGCUCUAGAGAUGCUGCUGGCAGUGUCACUUGACAGUGUUUUGUGGACUCUCGAUUCAACCGUUAGUCAAUGAAUUUGCAAUCUGUGAUGUACAUUCUCCCUCUGUGCUGGGGUAAGCUUGGCUUUGGUAUUCUGAUGUAUACUUUAGUUUGUAGCAUAGGAAUUAUGUAUUGGAUGUUUUUGUACCUGCCUCAUUCCUCGGCUGCAACUGACAGAUGCUCACUCCUAACUAUUGUGUUGAGGUUUUACUAAUAAUACGUUUGGUCUUGGUACAAUGGCUGGUUUUCAGUCUCACUUAAGCCCAUUACAAGCAUGAAUAUGAACUGUGAGGGUUUGUGCUUUUCACUAAAUUGCCAACUUUCUCCUCUUGUCAUGAUCCCCUUGUUAGACCACCCCCACCCCACUCAUUUCUCCCAUUUCUAUUUAAACUGCUAGUGGAACAGACAGGCCUUUUUCAUAAGGGAAGGGCACACAGUGCUGGAUUAUGCCCUUCCUCCCCCACUCCUCUUUAUUCACCACCUGCCCUCAUACCCCUGCCCCCUUUCUCAUUAUCUGCCCCAUCCUAGUCCCAUGGUGCCUCCGGAUCUCAGUCUCCAGGUCCAUCCCCGGUAUAAUCUCUUUAUCAUAGUUUGUGCCUCCUAAUGUUAUAUUAGCAUGUCUUCUGUGUUAUUCAUGUUUCAUGUCGGGCCAUAGUGUUUGGCUGUGCCUGUGGUUCAGGUGUGGGUUCUUAUUUCUCAUUAUUCGUAAUUAAAAGCCUGGAGUUGGAUAGGGGAAAGGAGGGUCAGGGGCUCAGGUUGAGCUAUUAUGCAGCUUGUGAUGAUUAAUGUUGUGGACAAAAAAGAGCUAAGAUCAAUUUUUAUGUCCUCUUACUGCCACAGUUUAAAUAGUCGUCUGACGACUGCAGCUGACGUUUAUCACCUAUCUGUGCCCUACUAUCUGAGAUGGUUCGAUUCACAGCCGUACCCAGAUGUGGCCCAACAUUGAACCAAUAUAUAAUAAAUGAAGUAUUAUUGGCCUUUGAAUGCUUUAUAUGUGUUAUGCACAAUCUUAGUGGUAUUGUCCGUUUAAAAAAAAUGUAUCCACUUUGCAUGUGUCUUCAUUUACAGCUUCUGUGUGUCGGGCAGUGGAUGCCUUUCGUAACUGUGACUAUGGGAGAUUUAAAGUCAGAUUAUCCUGGAUUAUCUAUAGGAUAUAUGUUCUACCUUUAUAUUAAAUGUAAUCUUGUUUGUUUUACAAAGGGGAAUGGAUGCUGGUAAA